CCAGAUGAAUUUCAAUGAUAUUGAUAAUCAAAUGUACGGGAAUUUGGAGGAGGACGCUGAGUUGCUCGCCGAGCUUGCCGCAAUACAAGAAGAGGAGAUGGGUCGUGUUAGCCGACCGGCAGCUCCAGCUCGCGGAGCCCCACCAGCCGCCCGAGGCCGCCCAGCACCUGCCGCCCCCGCAAAUGUCCCAGGAUUGGACCCCCGUCUACUGGCAGCCGCCUUGGCAGAUAAUCAUGGAGAUGGAGGAGAUGAAGAGCUUGAAAUGGAUGAAGAUUUGCUCAAUGAGCUCAAUGGAUUGGUUGGUGGUGGUGGUGGUGGUGGAGCAGCACCUACAGUACCCACAAGAGCUGCUCCGAGAGCUCCAGGACCUUCAGGACCACCGCCAUCGGCUUCGGCGCCAAAUUCUCAGCUUGGACACCUGAAACAGCUUCAUGUGUACUAUAUGAAAGCUCAUAAGUCUGCAGAGCAAGCUGGUGAAGGGCCAAAAGCUAGAAGAUACAAACGAGCUGUUGACAAGCUCGUGGAGCUCAUUCGAGCUGUCGAACGUGGCAAGACCAUUGACGAAUCGGAAAUUCCUGUUGCUCCACCAAAUUUCUCUUCGGCGGCGGCGGAACCCCUUCCACCACCGGCUCCGACUGCCCAGCCGGCUCAUCAUCCACCGGCACCGCCGAUUCGGCAGGCGGCCCACGCUGCGGAGUCAUCACCACCGCCAAUUCCACAGCGAAAAUCGUCGGCUCCAGCUCCGACAGCAGCUGCUCCUCCAGCCACAAAAGAGCCCACGGACCCGAAAAAAGCUGCAAUCUACCGUAUCCUUCACCAUCGACGUGAUCUACACAAGCAGAAUGCGCGCGCGGCGAUUGCUGACAAGGAUAAAGAAUCUGCAAAGGAAUCUGUAGAAAUGGCGAAGGCUUUUGAUCAGGCAAUCGCCGCACUCAAUGAAUGCUCAGCCGAUGAAAUGGAUAUGAAUGACGUACCACCGUCUCCGCCCCCAUAUCGAAAACCGGCUCCGCCCCAACCACAAGCUCCGCCUACUUCUGCUGGUCCAUUGGGAUUCAUUGAAGAACUGCAACAACGGCAACAAAGAUUCCAGAAAAUGGCGGAAAAGGCAAAAACUGAGGGAAAUGAACGGAAAAUGAAGAUGAAUAUGCGACUUGCCGGCCAAUUUGACGAGGCGAUUAAGGAGGCGAAACGGGGAAAACUGGUGAAUGUUGGAGAGUUGCCCAGUCUGCCUGAUAUGGGACCACUUCCACCGCAAACGGCUCCGGGCCAAGCCGCCCCCAAACUUCAUCAACGUCCGCCCCCGCAAGAAGUUGGCCCACUGGCACCCAGUGGUGUGGAGGGAAAGAGUAGAAAUCAGGGACAAUUGGAGUUUUUGUUGGAACGACAGGCCCAGUUCAAGCAAGCUGCUAUUCAUGCAAAAUCGCGUGGAGACGUCGAAGCGGCCAAAAAGUAUCUAGUGGAAAUGAAAGGAUUCGAUAAAAUGAUUCAGGCCGCCCAAGCGGGCCUUCCAGUCAGUAUUAAGGCCACGCCAAUCCCACCACAGGCCCAGACGGCCUCAACAACUCUUCAGCCCCGUAUUCAGUCGGCUGCUGCUUCAUCGAGCACUGGAGUUGAGAAUCGUGGAGAGAAAUUGUCACUUUUGGAGAAAACUUUGAUAGAACAAGUUCGAUCGGCUGAAACGAAUCAAAUGCGUUUCACGCGUCUCGGUGAUGUUGGAAAAGUUCGAUUGUUUGAAGGAUGGGGAAAAGUUGCAAAACAAGACCUGCUUUUAGUCCGUGAAGUCGCAAAACGGGGUCUUCAAGUACCCAAAUUUCAUUACGAAAUGCGUCAGAUUCCAUCAGCUGACCUAUUUCCUGAUUUGGCUGAUGACGUCAUCGAGUUGACGAUUGUUUCGUGCAGAGACGUGCCCCUUCCAUCAGGAUAUGAAACUCAUCAUGCAAAUCUAUUUAUUAAAUAUACAUUCCCAGCAGUUGUCAAUGAUCUACCACAGACUGGAAAAACUAAAUUAAUUGCCGGAACUGCUUCGCCGGAUUUCGGCGAAUCGAUUAUGUUGAAUAUUGGAAGUGGAAAAUCAAGAAAUAGCAAACUACAGAGAACUUUUAAGAGAGGAGGUCUCAAGUUUGAGGUAUUCCAAAAAGGUGGAUUCAUGCGGAGCGACAAACUUUUGGGCACUUGUGAAUGGAAAUUGGAGAAGCUGGAACAUAGUGCUGAAAUGGAAGAAUCACUUCCAUUGAAGGACGGCCGUAAAGCAGUUGGUGGUCUCUUGUCGGCGAAAGUUCGAAUUCGUCAACCAAUUGGUGAUGCAAAAGCUCAACAUAUUGCCCAGAAAUGGCUCAUUUUAGAUAAUUAAAUGGAUUCUUUCUACUUGAUUCGAUGUUUUAAAUGUGUUUUUUUUUGAAUAUAAUAUAAAUAUUUGGUUUAUCGGAAGAGUUAA